AUGUCAGAAGUUACAAAGACUAUUACCAUCCUUCCAGGUGACCAUGUUGGUGCAGAGAUCUGUGCUGAGGCAAUCAAAGUGCUCAAGGCAAUUGAAUCCUCUACACCUCACCAGAAAAUUAAAUUCGAUUUCAAACAUCACCUUAUAGGUGGUGCCGCCAUUGAUGCUACUGGCUCGCCACUUCCUGACGAGUCUCUUGAGGCAGCCAAAUCGUCUGAUGCUGUCUUACUCGGAGCUGUUGGUGGUCCUAAAUGGGGAACUGGUUCUGUUCGUCCAGAGCAGGGACUUUUGAAGAUCAGAAAAGAACUCAACUUGUACGCCAACAUUCGUCCUUGCAACUUUGCAAGCGAAUCAUUAUUAGAACUUUCACCUUUGCGUUCGGAUAUUGUACGCGGCACAGAUAUCACCAUUGUGCGAGAAUUGGUUGGUGGAAUCUACUUUGGAGAGAGACAAGAACAAGAGGAAAGUAGUGACAGCAAGACAGCUUGGGACACGGAAAAAUACACCGUUGACGAAGUCACGCGUAUUACUCGUAUGGCUGCAUUUAUGGCUUUGCAACAUGAGCCACCACUUCCACUUUGGUCCCUUGAUAAAGCCAAUGUGCUUGCUUCUUCAAGAUUAUGGAGAAGAACAGUUGAUGAUGUCAUUUCUCGCGAAUUUCCACAAUUAAAAGUGCAACACCAAUUGAUUGAUUCAGCAGCAAUGAUCUUGAUCCAAAAUCCAACUAAAUUAAAUGGUAUUGUUAUCACAUCGAAUAUGUUUGGCGAUAUCAUUUCAGAUGAAGCCUCGGUGAUUCCAGGCUCAUUAGGUCUCUUACCCAGUGCAUCAUUGGCAUCUUUACCAGACACAAACUCUGCAUUUGGAUUAUACGAACCAUGCCAUGGUUCUGCACCAGAUCUAGAUGAAAACAAAGUUAACCCCGUUGCAACUAUCUUGUCUGUCGAAAUGAUGUUGAGAUUGAGUUUGGAUUGUCUCAAGGAGGCAGCUGCAUUGAAAGAAGCAGUUCAACAAGUGCUCGACUCUGGUAUAAGGACUGCUGAUUUGAAAGGUUCAAGCACCACCAAGGAAGUCGGCGAUGCUAUUGCCGAAACUGUGACCAAGAUCUUGAAAUCACAGGCUUAA